CAUUAUACGUAAAAGAAUAAAAUUGAAUUUAUGUAUUGGUACGACUGAGUAAACAUUGCUGAACAACGACAAAAAUGCUUUUUACCGGGCAAUGACGCCGAUAAACGGUUAUUUAAAAUUUUGAAAUUUCAAUUGUCAAUCAUUGGUGUGCAGUUUGAUGAAAGACUCACAAAAGUGUAUUGCAAAAACUUGAUAAAUGAGGUUAAUGAGCGUUUAAUAGAAUAGUUACGUAGAUGCGAGAAUAAUCAUAAAAAUGAGGAAAAGUACGAAUACAACGAGACGUCGAUCUCUGUCAAAUCCAGGCCGAUUUUCCCAACAAGAUCAAGAAAGAAAUUCUUUACGAAUAGAUUCCAGACGAUUACAAGGUGUAAAAACGAAAGAUUCAAAUUUCGGUGCUCAAGAAACAAUGAUUCCAAAGCCACGAAUACGUAGUUCUUCCUCUGACAGACUCAGUGGUCUGCGAAAAUCAAAUCUGAGACCCACUACAGGUCCUAAAACAUCCAUCGGGCAAUACACUACAGCUUCGUCUGUAAUUUCUCCAAUGCCUAACAGCCGUUAUACCCAUGGAAUUGAAGGUAAUAGAGGCAGAGUAUCGUAUGUUGAUCAAGGUAAUCUUGCAUCGAAAGGAUAUAUUACCCCAAUGGCAACUGGAUCUCGACAUAUAAUACCAACGAGCGAUGGAAGGGGCGUUAGAGCAUCUUCUGCUGAAAGAGCAAGUGCCCUUGUAUCAAAAGGCACCAAAAAGGAUAGUCGGCCACUUACCGAUAAAAAUUAUCAAAAUGAAAUGUUAAGCAAGAUAGAUAAUUAUUUUCAUUCUAUUGGUCAGAGUACAAUUUUAAAUAAUAAUGGAAGUAUGAAACCUCUUACUUUAAAAAUAUUUGUGGAGGCAACAAAUCUGUUAAUUAAACUUCUCGAUAUGAAAUUAUCGCUGAGCGUAGCUAAUUAUAUCGAAGAAAUUCCGAAAGUAGCCAAAAAACUUCAUUAUCCCGGUUUAAUGAACAAGUCUUGGCUUAAAACUGCAAAUACAAUGCAUUCCUGGCCUCAUGCCAUAGGUUGGAUUUGCUGGCUAGUCGAAUUAUGCGAAGUCAAGGAUUUAGCUAGUGAAAUAUUUACUCUUGACAGAUUACCAAUGAUCGGAGAAUCUGAAGAAGAGAAGGAAAAUCGUAGAAAAAUUUUCCUAUUAAUGAUUAAUUGUUAUAAAGCAUGGAAUGAAGAAAAACCCGAGGACGAAGAGAGUAUUAUACAAAACUUUUUUCAAGAAGAAGCUGAAAGGAGAGGUAUAAAUGCUAAAACAUAUGAAAAAGUGCAAUUGGAAUUUGAGAAAGCUCAAAAGAAUUUAGAUGCAGAACAAGAAAAAACUAAUAAGGUAAAUGAAGAAAUAAAUGAACUACAAGAAGUACUUAGUAAUAUCAAGAAAGAUCAACUUAAGCAACAGGAACACAUUGCAGAGCAAGAAAAAUACAUUGAAAAGACUCUCAAAGAAAUUGACCAGUUAAAUAAAGAUUCGUCAAUGUUUAUUAAAGAUAUUGAAAACUUAGAUAACACUAAAGAUGAAUUGAAUAAUAUUAUAAAACAGCAACCAAUGUCUGUCAUCGAACGUGAUGAAAUAGUGAAGGUUUGCACUGAACAACAGGCUUAUAUUCAAAAUUUUGAAGCACAUUUAGAAGAAAUAAAGAAGGAAGCGUAUUCUUUGGAUAUCCGCUUGGUUUCGUCAAACACAAAUCUUGUGAAAUCUAUAUUAGCCUAUAAUCAAGCACUUUUUAUGCAACUAUCUGAUUGUAAUACAAAUAUCGAUGAAUUAUUAAUGCCAGAAAAUGGAAUAUGUGAAUCUAAUUUUAUGAGCAGGCUAGAAGAAAGAAAAGUCUUGAUGGAUAAAUUCAUGCAAGAGCAAAGUAACGAAUUAAGUAAAAAAAUGAACUUAAUUGAAUCUCAUAAUAGAGAAAUAGAAGCAAUGCAAACAAAAAGAGAUACACUUUCGGAAAAAGUGGAAAAGAAAAAGGCUACGGAAGAGAAGCAGAAGCAGGAACUAAAAAAUAAGGAGAAUAAGAAACGCGAAGAAAUUAAAAGAUUACAGUGUAAUAUAUCGGAUUUGAAUGAAUCAAUUGUCAAAUUGACGAAUGAAUUAGAUUCAGUUAAUCAGCAAUUAGCAGAUUCUAUUGAUAAAAAAGAAGCUGUGGAGCGAAAAAAUGCGCAUUUAAAAGAAUCUGCCAAAACAUUGUUUAUGCAAAUGAGUAAUAUUUUAGAUGAACACCGUAGUAAAAUUAGAAAUUCGCUUGAGACGUAUUUAAAAAGAAAAACUUGA